AUGAUCGACAAAGUCACGAACUGGCUCUGGGCCUUCUCGUAUGUCGACAGUUCGAUCCGCGAAACCAGGUACAUCGCGAGUACCCUGGAUUUCAAUGUUUUAUUAUGUCUCUACGCCACCCAAGCACUACGCACCAGCUGUUGGAGUGCGAUGUCGCGUCUGGACUUUAUGGAUCUCACCAGUGUUAUCGCAGUGGCGUGGAAAGGUGAAAUGAACCUCGCUAACUCCGAUGAGAAUGUCUUCAGAGUAGCGGAGCUGGUGGAGAAUCUCCAGAUUACCUCGACUGAGCAGAAGAGUGAUGUACCAUCCAAUAUGCCUAUCUGGACGCCUAGUCUGGAAAUGAGUGGAAGAGAGAGGGCUAUUAGCUAA